GCCUCAUUAGUCGCCGUGGCCGCCCGGUGUGUUUCCGCCGCAGUGACACGGACUGCCAUGCUCGCGUCCAACGCGAGCCUGAGCGGCUGCGCGGAGUUCAACAGCGCCCAGUGCGCCGGAGCCGGGGAAGGGCACCUGGGGGGCGGUUCGGUCCGGACCACCCUCAGCCCGACGGGGCACCUGGUCGUGGCCGUGUGCCUCGGCUUCAUCGGAGCGUUCGGACUCCUCAACAACCUGCUGGUGCUGGUUCUGUUCUGCCGCUACAAGAUGCUGCGCUCCCCCAUUAACCUGCUGCUGAUCAACAUCUCCGUCAGCGACCUGCUGGUGUGCGUGCUCGGGACUCCGUUCAGCUUUGCGGCCAGCACGCAGGGACGCUGGCUCAUAGGAGCGGAGGGAUGCGUGUGGUACGGCUUCGCCAACUCCCUCUGCGGCAUCGUGUCCCUGAUCUCCUUGGCUGUCCUGUCCUAUGAGCGCUACAGCACCAUGAUAACCCCGACCGAGGCCGACUCCUCCAACUACCGCAAGACCUCCCUGGGCAUCCUUUUGUCCUGGGUCUACUCCCUCUUAUGGACCCUUCCACCGCUCUUUGGCUGGAGCCACUAUGGUCCAGAGGGCCCCGGAACCACCUGCUCAGUCGACUGGACAGCAAAGACGGCAAACAACAUGUCUUACAUCAUCUGCCUGUUUGUGUUCUGCCUGAUCGGACCUUUCCUGGUGAUCGUCUACUGCUACGGGAAACUGUUGUACGCCAUUAAACAGCUCUGACAAGCGGCAGACAUCCAAGCCAUCGAAAACCCGAACGUCAGAACGGAUCACGUCAUCCCG